GACGGUGACAACAUCUACCUCAUCAUGGAGUUCUGUGCAGGCGGCGACCUGUCUCGCUUCAUCCAUGCCCGCCGGAUUCUGCCCGAGAAGGUGGCUCGAAUCUUCAUGCAGCAGUUAGCUAGCGCCCUGCAGUUCUUGCACGAGCGAAACGUCUCUCACCUGGAUCUGAAGCCACAGAACAUUCUGCUGAGCUCCUUGGAGAAGCCCCACCUGAAACUGGCAGACUUCGGCUUCGCACAGCACAUGUCCCCGUGGGACGAGAAGCACGUGCUCCGAGGCUCCCCGCUCUACAUGGCCCCAGAGAUGGUGUGCCGGCGGCAGUACGACGCCCGAGUGGACCUCUGGUCCGUGGGGGUCAUCCUCUACGAAGCUCUAUUUGGGCAGCCUCCCUUCGCCUCCAAGUCCUUCUCAGAGCUGGAAGAGAAGAUCCGUAGUAACCGGGUUAUCGAGCUCCCCCUGCGGCCCCCGCUCUCUCGGGACUGCCGGGACUUGCUGCAGCGGCUCCUGGAGCGGGACCCCGGGCGCCGUAUCUCCUUCAAGGACUUCUUCGCCCAUCCCUGGGUGGACCUGGAGCACAUGCCGAGCGGGGAGAGCCUGGCGAGAGCGACUGCCCUGGUGGUGCUGGCCGUGAAGAAGGACCAGGAGGGCGACGCGGCAGCCGCCUUGUCCCUCUACUGCCGAGCUCUGGACUUCUUCGUGCCGGCCCUGCACUAUGAGGUGGAUGUCCAGCGGAAGGAGACAAUUAAGGCAAAGGUGGGGCAGUAUGUGUCCCGGGCUGAGGAGCUCAAAACCAUCGUGUCCUCCUCCAAUCGGGCCCUGCUGAGACAGGGAACAUCCACCCGAGACCUGCUCAGAGAAAUGGCCCGGGACAAGCCGCGCCUCUUGGCUGCCCUGGAAGUAGCUUCGGCUGCCCUGGCCAAGGAGGAGGAGGCUGGCGGGGAGCAGGAGGCACUCGACUUGUACCAGCACAGCCUGGGGGAGCUGCUGCUGCUGCUGGCAGCGGAGGCCCCUGGCCGGAGGCGGGAGCUGCUUCACACUGAGGUUCAGGACCUCAUGGCUCGAGCAGAAUACCUGAAGGAGCAGGUCAAGAUGAGGGAGUCCCGCUGGGCAGCAGAGACCCUGGACAAGGAGGGGCUGUCAGAGUCGGUUCGCAGCUCGUGCAGCCUGCAAUGACACCCGUCUGGAACUGAGGGACUCGUGUCACCCCCACUCCGGCUGGACAGAAGCUGUGGCCUGCUGCAGCAUCCUGGGGAGGGGGCUUGCUGGGCAGGAGCCCAUCCAUGAGGGUCCCCAGGCUCCCUAGCCCCCACCAUAUGAGCUAGGAGCCCUGGGUCUUGCCCCUGAGGGUGAGGGCCCAGGACUCCGGGACAGCCUGUCUGUCUGUCUGAGCCCCCACCCCAGGGAAGAGAAAGCAUUUCUGAGAAGAACAGGGGCCCUCUGGGGGAUUUGGGUGCUGACCCUGCCCUGCUAGCAGCCAGCAUCCCACAUUCCCGUCCAACCCUUGCCCAGUUUCCUGGGGGCUCUUAUUCCAACUCUCUUACCUCCUCCCACUGGAACGGGGCACGCAGACCCCUCAGGGACUAACAACCCCACGGUGUCUCCUCAGCCCCAUAGAACUCCCCAGCCUUCCUGGGAGCUGACCCUUACCCACCACCUCGGAAUUUUGAAGCAAUCCUUUAAGUAUGAUGAGAAUGUUGUAUGUAUAGGGGUGGGCAGGUUUGAGAAACCCAGGCCUGGUUCCUGUCCUGGCCCAGAGAACCCCAGGGGAAGGGUCCUCAUUCUCAUCCCUUUGACUUCCUGCUGGCCACGAAGCUGGCCCUGUGCUGCACUCGGGGCCUGCAAGGGAGGAUCAUGGGAGCUGCCUGACCCACCCUUUACCUGCAGGAGAAUCCGCUUGGUGAGAGUCUGGGGUCUAGGCCCGAUUCUGCCCCCCCCCCUCUUUGGGCCUUGGUCCCCCACCUCUUCAGGGGACAGUGAGUGACCUGGAGCAGAAUGUACACAGCCGGGGCUGCCACCCAAAGUCCAGCGCCUGGGUGGCUUCUCGCCUAUGUGUCCUCUCAUGCCCUCGAGGGAGACCGGGUGUCAAGACUGUAAUUCAUGGUUUCUUUAUGAAGUUAUUUUCUGUA